ACAGUAUUCUUCAUCCAAUCAGCUUGCAGUUGUAGCAUGCUGUACCCAAUCCCUUUCCAGAGCUUGACGAAGUGGGCGGGGCAAGACGUUGGUCUUGUAGGUUGUCCCACACAUCCUACCGGUGCUUCAUAGCCGUGUAACUGGACUGCAUUCCACAACCAUGGGCAGUGUGUUGGCUGCCACUUCCCCAAACCCCCCUGCUUCAGGCAGCAGCAGCAGCAGCAGCCAGGGGGGUCCAGGCCUGACGGUGCCUCCCGGUUUCACCAUGCCCAGCAUGCCGGCUUCUCUGGGCACCGGCGCACAGGCUGGCACUGACACAGAGCCCUCUCUCCCCAACCCAGGCACAUUUGAGGAGUGCCAUCGGAAAUGCAAAGAGGUCUUCCCAUUGCAGAUGGAGGGUGUGCGACUGGUGGUCAACAAGGGUUUAAGUAAUCACUUCCAGGUGAACCACACAAUUACACUAAGCACCAUGGGAGAAUCUGGCUACAAGUUUUCAGCCACGUACGUUGGGAGCAAGCAGACUGGACCUGCUGAGUCAUUUCCAGUAAUCGCUGGUGACAUGGAUAACACAGGCAGUCUCAAUGCACAGUUUAUCCACCAGCUGACCACACACGUACGCUCCAAAGUUGCUCUGCAGACACAGCAGCACAAGUUUGUGAACUGGCAGUGUGACGCAGAGUACCGUGGAGACGACUUCACUGCUGCUGUAACACUGGGAAAUCCAGACGUUCUUGUUGGAUCUGGGAUUUUAGUGGCUCAUUACCUUCAGUCUCUGUCGCCUGCCUUGGCUUUGGGGGGUGAGCUGGUGUACCACAGGAGACCUGGAGAGGAGGGUACGGUCACCUCAUUCAUGGGCAGAUACACAGGUAGCAAUUACGUGGCCACACUAACUGUUGGAGGAGCAGGUGCUCAUGCAUCAUACUACCACAAAGCCAAUGAUCAGUUGCAAGUUGGGGUGGAGUUUGAGGCGAGUACACGCAUGCAAGAAACAAGUGUGACUUUUGGCUAUCAGGUGGACCUGCCCAAAGCUAAUCUUCAAUUUAAAGGUUCGUUAGACAGUAACUGGGUUGUAGGGGCUACGCUGGAGAAGAAGCUGCUGCCGCUCCCAUUGUCUCUGGCUCUUGGUGCCUUCCUGAACCAUCGCAAAAACAAGUUUCAGUGCGGUUUUGGAGUUACUAUUGGUUAGACUUGCACCAGGAGCAACAAAUCGCAGCAGAUCUGCAUUUCAAGCAGACUUGGACUGGUGCAGAGAGACAGGGGGACAUGGACCAACAACCAAACGGACUCAGAUGCUCCCACAAGCACUGCGGUUAAACCUCACAUGGAUGCAUGAGGACUACAAAAAAUAAAAAAUAAAUCAGGCAAAAGUUACCGGCAUUUCAUAUUUGCCGAUCUAGUUCAUGUGAAAAGAAACAGAUUAUAAUCAGACAUUAAAAUAUUUAGGGAAAAAAAACAGUUUCAUGUUUACUGCCAAAAUGGUGCAUCCAGAUUACGCAGAGAUGCAAUUUUCAUGUGUGUCCCUGAUGAUUUCUAAAGUUUGUUAGACUCGACAUCUGCAUUUCAGUCACACGUGAAAGGGAAGCAUUUAAUCUGUCAGCCUUUUCACUUCUAUUCACAAGAAAACAAGAUAUAGUUCCUACAUCCCUCAUUUAUUAAAACUUAAUUUACUUUCUGUCCCGGUCAAGAUAAAAGCAGAGAAUAAGCCGGUCCAAUACCUCUCAUCUCCAAGUCAUAGUGCACUGCACUGUACUGUAAUGCCACGACAGUUUCCGUGUCCCUUUGUCUCUAAUUAGACAAAACUGUCAGAGCUUGGACCGGCCUUGGCCAAAUUUAUAUGCUGGGUUCAUAUUCAUAAUCACACAAGUAUUUUCAAUACCAGGUUAAAUCAGGAAUUCCUUUUUAAAGUCACAAGUUGAAUUUAUUGUAAUUACUGUAAAUCAUUGUAAGAGGCCGGAAUGACAAGAAGAAAAAAAAAUCUGCUUUGGUCAUUUCAUCCAUCAUGCUAAAUGCAUCGCUGGCAGACUGGUUUGUGUCACUUUUCCACCGGGUUUAUACGCAGUGUUGGCAUUACCGGUGUUUAAAGAGUUUCAGUCCAAUUUACAGGUAAACCUUGGGAGCUCAGUCCCAACAGGAGACAUGGUGAAGGGAAAAACUCCACUGGAGAUUAUUGUCUUGUCCUAAUAAAUUCUGCUUGCAAAAUAUUUAUAGGUUUGAUUUAAACUUUACAGAAAAAAUAAGAUAUGGACACCCAAGGUGCUUGAAUGAGCUACUGCAGUGGAAUUGAGAAAUUGUGUUUCCUAAAACACUCAAUUUCCUCUAGUAGUUUGAAUAAUCAAGAUAAACUGGGAUACCUGGAAGGGUGCAGACAACCAAUAAGAUUUGCACUGUUUCACUAUGAAAUGUCACCAAAAAGUGAAGUAUUUGUAGAACCCCUGAUGGUGUGCUUCAUCCAGGCUGCUGUGCAUCAGAUUUGUCUGUCUGCAUGGAGUGUGUAACUAUACUAUAGUAUUCACUUUCUCAUGCAGUGAUGUGAUGAUUUUGUAACAUGGGGGAAAGACAACUUUCAUGGCUGUUGUAAUAGAUUAAUCAUAUUACAGUAACAUUAUAUAGAAUUAAAAUCAGGCUCUGGUUUGAAUUUUGUGAAUGUGCAACCUAUGCUGUUCAGAUUUGAAAUAAAUAAAACAAUAUGAACAAUGUUU